UUUACGCAGCUUUUGUUAGACCGACAGCAUCUGCAUUACUAUAGUAAAUUUAUUCCCUUUUCUUCAACUCAAAGCAGCUUAGCUUCUUUAAUAUUGAAAAACAAACAAAUCGCACAUGUUCAUUGUUCAGGCACGCUGAUUCUUGCUCACAAGAUCCAUGAAAAUUCAUGCCAAAGAAACACACAAUCCAACACAAAAUAACACUUGAUUCGAAUUCUAAAUCAUCAACUUAACAAAACAAGCCUUACCAAAAUGUUUGUUCUGUUUCUUGGGUAUAUUCUGCUUCUUGUCCCGAUCCCAUCUGCUUCGCAGCCUCCAGCUGCGCUGCAGCUUCUCCGAUUUCGAAACAGUCUGCCGGAGACUUCAAGAUCUCUCCUGCAAUGGAACCAAACCACCUCAGCUUCUGCUCACUGCAGCUGGCCUGGUGUUACUUGCUACUCAAAUAAAACAGAUUUUCGUGUCCAAUCACUGAUUGUACCUCAACUCGGCCUCACCGGGGUUCUAGAGGAUUCGUUUCCAUAUUUGUGUCAGAUUUCUGAUCUCAUCACUGUUGAUCUCAGCGCCAACAAUUUCAGUGGAAGCGUUCCUGCAGUGGUUGGAAACUGCGGUCAGCUCAUUGAGGUUUUCCUCUACAACAAUAACCUGUCUGGGCCAAUUCCACCUGAUGUUUUCAGACCGGGGCAGCUUCAACGGCUCGACCUGGGCCGCAACAAACUAUCUGGCACGAUUCCACCUGAGGUAGGCCAAUGCAAAAGCCUUAUCUAUCUCGGAUUGGAUUAUAAUUUGUUAAAUGGUGGAAUUCCAAGUGAGCUGUUCUCUAUAACGAAUCUGACUAAUCUUUACUUGAGUUCGAAUUAUUUUUUAAACGGUACCUUGCCUGAUUUUCCAUCGGCAUGCUCGCUUGUUGAACUCCAACUGCCUGAAAAUUCAUUCCAUGGCCCCUUGCCACCUUCCAUACGCAACUGUCAUGAUCUCCAAGUUCUCAAUGCAUCUUUUAACCAUCUUGGAGGAGUAAUAGAGCAGGAUAUCUUCAAGGGCCUGACACAACUUAGAAGACUGUACCUUGCUGGAAACAACUUUGAAGGGCAAAUUCCUAUGUCCCUGUGGAGUCUCAGGAAUUUAACAAGGCUUGUACUUGGGGGAAACAGGUUCAAUGGGAGCAUUCCUGAAGAAAUCAAGCAAUGCGAAAAGCUUACUCGCCUCGACUUAUCUCUCAACACCUUGACUGGUCCUAUUCCAGCUUCGGUUUCUUAUCUUAAGAACUUGGUAUUCAUGUAUCUCUAUAAUAAUACGCUCAGUGGUCCUAUACCUUCAGGAAUAGGAAACUGCACUUCUCUGGUCGAAGUUGCAUUUCGUUUUAACGAAAUCAGUGGAAUUCUUCCUCCUGAGAUUUGUGGUCUCCGGAGUUUAGAGAUUCUCAUGCUGAAUUACAAUCAGAUUGAGGGUCCUAUACCACAGUGUAUUGACAGAUUGCUCUCUCUUAAAGUGUUCAGCAUCUACAGUAAUAGAAUGACAGGAAGAAUACCGGCUGGAAUUACCAAGUUGACAAACCUUACAGAUCUUGUUUUGGCUCAAAACAACUUUGAAGGGGAGAUUCCAUCAGAUUUGGGCAAGAAUAAUGUUCCCGGUUUAGGUAUUUUGGAUCUUACAGGAAAUCAGUUUACGGGAGAAAUUCCAGGUGCUGCAUGUUCUGGCAACCGCCUUCUGCGUUUCACCCUUGGUGACAACAAAUUUACUGGUGGUUUCCCCACAGAAAUUAUCAAAUGUAAGUCUCUGUACAGGUUGUUUCUCUACAACAAUCGUUUGGAAGGUAGCAUACCGAAUGACAUAGGAAAUUCUUCGAGCAUUGCACAUUUUGAUAUUCGAGGAAACUUAUUUGAAGGAACCAUCCCAACAGCAUUUGGUUCCUGGAGCAAUCUUUCAUUGAUUGAUCUUUCAGAGAAUAAGUUUUCAGGCUCAAUACCUCAGGAAUUUGGGGAGCUUCAAAAUCUUGUAGAAAUGAAUGUUUCUUCAAACAGACUGACAGGAGAAAUUCCUCCCGAGCUGAGUCGUUGUCCAAGAAUAGACAAACUAGACCUCAGCAAGAAUGAACUUGCGGGAGGUGUCCCAUCUGAGAUCCUUUCUUCAUCAACACUGGCAAUCAUUCGGCUUCAAGACAACAAAUUGACCGCCGUGAUUCCUGACGCUUUUGUGAGUAGCCAAAAACUGCUAGAGCUGCAGCUUGGGAACAAUUUGCUUGAGGGUCCUUUUCCUUGCAGUCUGAGUAGAAUCGAAAACUUCAAUUAUCUGAACCUCAGUACAAACAAGAUUUCUGGGGAAAUACCCAGAUGCAUUGGCGAUCUUGAUAUGUUGGAGAUUCUUGAUAUCUCAAGCAACAAUUUCUCAGGCGAGAUACCAUCAGCCACAGACAAUAUGAGAUCACUUUUUUUUCUGAACAUAUCGUAUAAUCAACUCGCAGGCCAAAUUCCAGCUGUUUGGGCGAAGGCAUUGGAGUCGCAUCCCGGAACAUCUCUCGGAAAUCCAAGACUCUGCUCAGCAUCCACAAAAAGUGGCCACUGUGGAAGUCACAAGAAAUCACAUCCAGAAGGCUUAGUCCUUGCUGGUAUAAUAACCGGAUCAUUUUUCUUGACAGCAUGCCUUCUUGCUGCCAUGUACGCGCUAGUAACUCGAUUUUGGCACCGUACCCCAUCAUCUCCUCAUCAGGCACUGCUGUACCAUCAAUCAAGCAAUGAAGAGUUACCAGAAGAUCUGAAAUUUAUGGACAUUCUUCGUGGAACCGAAGGUUGGAGUGAUAAACAUGUGAUUGGAAGAGGCAAGCAUGGAACUGUUUAUAGGGCAGAAUCAGUGAAAUCAAAAAAACAGUGGGCAAUUAAGAAGGUGGAUCUAACUGAGUCAAAAUUCAACUCAGAGAUGAGAAUUUUGAACCUAGUCAGGCACAGAAAUAUACUUAGAAUGGGAGGAUACAGCAUCAGAAAUGGAUAUGGAUACAUAGUUACAGAAUACAUGACUGAGGGUACUCUUUAUCAUCUAUUGCACAAGAGAUUACCUCGGGUAGCUUUGACCUGGGAGCAGCGAUGUCGUAUCGCUCUUGGAAUAGCUCAAGGUUUGUCGUAUCUUCACCAUGACUGUGUGCCUCCAAUCAUUCACAGAGACAUAAAGACAGACAACAUACUGUUGGAUUCUGAUUUUGAACCGAAGAUUGGAGAUUUCGGGGCAGCAAAAUUGGAUUCCGAUGUCGAUGAAGACCAAACAGCUUCUGUAAUUGUUGGAACACUUGGCUAUAUAGCACCAGAGAAUGCAUACGCAACAAAGUUGACGGAUAAAUGUGAUGUAUACAGCUACGGAGUAAUUCUGCUAGAGCUUCUUUGCAGAAAAUUACCAGUGGAUCCCAGUUUUGAUGAGGGCUUAGACAUUGUCUCGUGGGUAAGGACGACACUACAUGGUUACAACCAUCACUUUGGUUUCUUCGAUGAAGAAAUCAAGUACUGGGAGAGCGAGGAAAGGCAAGAAGCACUGGUGAUGGUGGAUCUUGCUUUACAAUGCACUGAAAUGAAUCCAGAUAUCAGGCCCUCAAUGAGAGAUGUAGUAAGUUCCCUUCUUAAAUUUCGAAGCAAAUUCGAGAGUGUGUGAAAUCAUACAACCCCAUGACACAUGAAAUUAGAUCUCCGUGUAAACAUUUGCUGAGGAAUUCAGCAAAAUGACGCUGUUAGAUUUUUCUAUCUGAAUACCUGUAAAGUUGGGGAUAAAUAAAUCAAAUUAAGGUAAAAGUUAGUAUAUCAGUUCUAUAUGAAUUCAGUUUGAGGGUUUGAUAGAAAGGGGACUCCA